GUUGGUUUUUCUUAGCUCGGAGGGAGCUGCCUUGCAGAGAUUGGGGGACUCUGCUGUUUUUUUUAAUAGUUUGUUUUCCACAUCUUGCUUAUGAACCUCCAAGAAUUGUAUUAGAAGUUUAUACAACAACAACUUAGGGCAGUCUGUAGGUUUUCAUUUUUAGCUCAUAUGUCGUUUGUAAUUAAGUUUGACGUUUUUCAAUUUCUCCUAAUUUCAAAACAUCUGCAUGAAAAGUUUCAUGGAAAAGGAAAACGUUUUGGAUAAGUCGACGUGAUAGCGAGCAUCCCGUCGAUAUGUUGUUUUUACUAGAAAGCCAGGUCAGUGUUUGGACGGACUCACCCUCCUCCUCCUCCUCCUCCUCCUCCUCAUCAUCAUCAUCCUCCGCCGAACUGAUCCAGGCUGCGGUUCCCCCGUCCGUGCAGCUUGGUCUCACGGUUCUCUACACGGUUUUGUAUUCGCUGCUCUUCGUGUUUGUUUACCUGCAGCUCUGGUUGGUUCUGCACUACGGACACAAGCGCUUCAGCUACCAGAGUGUUUUUCUCUUUCUGUGUUUGCUCUGGUCGGCUCUGAGGACGACUCUCUUCUCUUUCUACUUUAAAAAUGUUGUUCAAGCAAACCAGCUUCAGCCUUUGCCGUUCUGGCUCCUGUAUUGUUUUCCAGUCUGCCUGCAGUUCUUCACCCUGUGUCUGCUCAACCUUUAUUUUGCUCAGGUGAUUUUCAAAGCCAAAGCAAAGUAUUCCCCGGAGCUCAACAAGUACAAGGUGCCCCUGCGUCUAGGAUUUCUGCUGGCCAGUGUUUUUUUCCUGGUGGUGAAUGUGACGUGUGCCAUGCUGGUUCAGGGUGAUGCCGGUGAGAGUCAGGUGAAGGAUGCCGUUCUGGCACGAGUUCUGGUUAAUGACAGCCUCUUUGUUCUCUGUGCGAUCUCACUUGCCAUCUGCAUCUUCAAGAUCGCUAAAAUGUCUUCUGCCAACGUCUACCUGGAGUCAAAGGGGACAUCAGUAUGCCAGGCCACGGCCAUUGGGGCGGCAGUUAUCUUCCUGUACACUUCCAGAGCCUGUUAUAACCUGGUUGUGGUGGCUCUUUCUCCUGAAGAUCGACCCAGCCCGUUUAAUUAUGGCUGGUACAAUGUAUCUGACCAGGCGGAUGCAGAGAAGAUCAAUGUGGAAGCCUAUGUGGUCUUUGGGAUCAUCCUGUUCUUCUGGGAGUUGCUGCCCACCAGUCUGGUGGUGUUGUUCUUCAGAGUGCAGCGGCCCAAUCAGAACCUGACACCGGGUGGCAUGAUCAACAGUCACAGCUUUAGCUCCAGAGCAUAUUUCUUUGACAACCCACGCCGCUAUGAUAGUGAUGAUGAUCUGUCUAGAAAUACAACUUCCCGAGGAGAAAGAUGCAGCAGUAUCCUGUCGUCCACUCCACAGACGGGCCCAGGUUGGUACGGCUCGAUCCAGAGGAACGGCAGCCUAACAGCAAUCCCUCACCUGCUGAACGGCCCCCAAACAUCAACCGCCCCUCUUCUCUUUGCCAACGGCAACAUUCAGACCAACCAACACCACAAUUACUAUUCCACCCCCCAGAACUACUACUCAACCUCCCAGACACAUUACGCCACCCCUCAGAACUAAUGCACAUCCUUCAUGUGGAUUAAUCUAGUCUGAGGUUUGGCUCAGCCAGGACAUCGAGCAAUGCUUUAUGGUCAUCUUCCCCCUCAGUCAGUUUAUCUGCCCACAUUGAAACGGCAGGAAAUGAAAGGGACCAUACGAAGGUGGGGGGG